GCGCCACAUGUAUAGGCUAUCAACAACAGCCUGCCCUGGCCUCAGACCACCACAGCCUGACAACGGCACAGCGAACUAAGAAGAGGAUUAAACCUGUUUCCUUGAUGUUUGUCUCUGGGGGAUGGGCCGGUAGGCCUACAUAGACCGGUUGCUAUAAUAUAGCAUUUGAUCUUGGCGUCGGGGGUCUCAAUAGCGCCAUAGAGUCCCCUAUCGGUUGGGGCCCUUGGGGGAAAUGUUGGACCACCGCCGGGGACUGCCAAAUCCAGCCUCUCCUCCUGGCUGGCUGGAGGUUGCACAGCCACGGCCACGGAUACAGCUUAACUUGUGGAGCUAGAUGGCAAUGAUGGUGGUGAGGAAGGUUAAGCGUCUGAAGGACUUGGAGCAGGAGAAGGACGCUCUGUGCUCGGGCAUGGAGGUUCUGGAGAAGGCCCGCCUCUGGUACCUCCAGCGGCUGGAGGAGAACCAAGCCAGGCAGGGCAGCUUCCAGACCCAGCAGAGUGGGGUCAACCCCCGGCAGGACGGAGCAGCAGAGGCCUGGUCUUGCCUCCUCAGGUCUCGGAUCCAGCGGGUGAACGGCUCUCUGGGCUCUGUGAUGACUGAGCCCAAUGUGACCAGCGGCAGCAGCGCCUCUCUGCCCGACGCAGUGACCGACAGCGACCUCCGGUGGCAGAAUACAGCACUGGCUCAGGAGGUGAGCGACAAGAACCGUAAGAUCUCACUUUUGGAAUUCGAAAAAGACACCAUCCUUGAGCAGCUUGAUGAACUGCAGGCACGUUAAUCACAUCAUUUCACUUCAUGUCACACAUUUGCUAACUUAUACCCACUUGUAAAUAUGUAUUUAAUUUAAUAAAUUACA